UGUGACUUCUGGUUCCUUGUGCAAUAGCCUUCUCCUCGCCAGUCGUAUUCCAUUUAAACUUAACACAAGUGUUAUGUGAGAAGGGGAAGUUCCCAGCUGUUAUGUUUUGCUUCAAAGAGGAAAAAAAAGGGAAAAAAGGAAAAAAAGAGAGAAACAAGCUUUUCCAAUGAACGAUAAAAAAAAACUGAAUGUGACUUGUAGACAAACGUGUAACUGUUAAGAAUUGACAUCCCCUGUGACGCUACGUGAUAAUGUAAUGGGAUUCUGGAGGAGUCUCAGCUGAAAGGAAUGUAAUUGAAUUGUGAAGCAUUUGGCCUGGCUGACGCCGCCCACUUCGUAGUGUCGUACAUGUACGCUGCCACGGGAGCUGCCUCUUCCGCACCGACAAGCACAGAAACGCCCUGACGAAGGUACAGGGAGGGAGGGAAGGAGUGAGUGAGUGAGUGAGAAAGAGAAGAGAAAGAAAGAAGGAGAGAGAGAAAGAGUAGGAGAGAGAAAGCGAAAGACAAGUUUUAGGACUAGUAAUAAACGUCGCUGAAUAUCUGUAUAAAUUGUGGAAGAGAAAAAAAAGCAAAAUAGAAAGUUUAAGCUUUUUUCGAAAAAUAAGGGUAGACGAUAUAGUCUAAAACAUAGUUUGGGACUAUUAUAUCGGGGGGAAAAAACCCUGCUGAACAUACUGAAUACAUGAUCAUGACGGCAGCUGUUGAUAUGAAACCAACGUUAACCAUUAUAAAAUCUGAGAAGGUGGAAGUAGACCUGGACUGCGGAGACAUGCCUCUGCUCACGCCUGGAAGCAAAGAGAUGAUGUCACAGGCUCUCAAAGCCACCUUCAGUGGUUUUACCAAGGAGCAACAAAGACUGGGAAUCCCCAAAGAUCCCAGACAGUGGACAGAGGACCAUGUUAGGGAGUGGCUGACAUGGACAGUAAAUGAGUUCACCCUGAAGAACGUAGACUUCCACAAGUUCUGCAUGAACGGGGCCAGCCUGUGCGCGCUAGGGAAGGACCGCUUCCUGGACCUGGCUCCUGACUUUGUUGGGGACAUCCUUUGGGAACACCUUGAAAUGCUGCAGAAAGAAGACACAAAGCAUUACCCAAUCAACGGCUUGACUUUCCAGGAAUCUCGUUAUACCUCAGACUACUUUGUCAGCUAUGGCAUUGAGCAUGCUCAGUGCGUGCCGCCCUCAGAGUACACCGAGCCUGGCUUCAUCACAGAGUCCUACCAGACCCUGCAUCCAAUCAGCUCAGAGGACCUGCUGUCACUCAAAUAUGAGAACGAGUCCUACCCCAAUGUCAUCUUGCGGGACACGCCCCUGAACCCCCUGCAGGGAGAUUAUUUCCCCAUCAAACAGGAGGUUGUUUCCCCCGACAACAUGUGUGUGGGCCGCAUGAGCCGAGGUAAGUUAGGCGGUCAGGACUCAUUCGAGAGCAUCGACAGCUUCGAGAGCUGCGACCGCCUGACGCAGUCCUGGAGCAGCCAGUCGUCUUUCAGCAGCCUGCAGCGCGUGCCCUCUUACGACAGCUUCGACUCGGAGGACUACCCAAGUGCCCUGCACAGCCACAAGCCUAAGGGCACCUUCAAGGACUACGUGCGCGAGCGCUCGGACCUCAGCAAGGACAAGCCCGUCAUCCCCGCCGCAGCCCUGGCAGGCUACACAGGCAGCGGACCCAUCCAGCUGUGGCAGUUUCUCUUGGAGCUCCUGACCGAUAAGUCCUGUCAGUCCUUCAUCAGCUGGACAGGAGACGGAUGGGAGUUCAAGCUCUCCGACCCAGAUGAGGUGGCGCGCAGGUGGGGCAAGAGGAAAAACAAGCCCAAGAUGAACUACGAGAAGCUAAGUCGAGGCCUGCGCUACUACUAUGACAAGAACAUCAUCCACAAGACGUCGGGGAAGCGCUACGUGUACCGCUUCGUUUGUGACUUGAAAAGCCUGCUUGGCUACACGCCCGAGGAGCUGCACGCCAUGUUGGAUGUUAAGCCCGACAAUGACGAGUGAAGGGAGAACACGCACGGCGAACAGAACUCUUGACAAACAGGGACCAGAGAAGUAUUGCUCAUCAAACCCCCUCCCCCAGCCCCUCGUGCAGAACGUGUCCAGUAUCGUCCAAUCACAUUCUGUCUUAACACCUGUUUGUGGUUUAAAGAAAAAAACUACUUUUUUUUUUAUCUGAGUUCUGCUCAGACUUUAAAAAAAAAGAGAAGGCAUCAAGAAACAAUGUGCACCAAAGUUUUCAUAUUCCGUUGUGUCAAGAGAUGGUGUGUGUCUGAUUUAAUGUCUUUGCAGCUCUGUGGUGGAGGGUUAGAAAUCUGUACCGGUGCAGAAUAGCACUGCAGUGCAGCUAGCAUCUCACCCAGGUAGCAAAACGCAGCCAACAUGGUGGGUUGGGACCAGGAAAGUGAGAUGGUUUAAUUCUCGUUGGACACUGCAUGGACGGGUCACGUGUUGCCAAAAUUGAGAAGUUUUGAGAAAUUAUGUAUUAUAUUAACGUAUACACUGUCUUAGCCUUCCUACUCACGGCAGGCAAUGGUAUGAGUUUUACAUACGGACCAAAAUACGUGUUUGCUUUAUUUCGUGUGUUAUUUCAGAUCAUUUGUUUUGUGCCAGUAUUAUUUUUUAAGCACACAAGUUUUUAACCUUUUCUGUUGAGCGUUGUUGCAUUGUUUGUGUAACUUUCCACAUAAAUGAAGGUAUUCAGACAAGAAAUAGUUUUUUUUUACCUCCUCACAUCUGUCUAGAGAGUUUCUUUCAUGUGAGGUGAAAAAAAGCUGAGAUGGUAAUGGGAUGGUGACAGACUUCUGUCUCGCUCAUUCUCCCCUCUCGGCCCCGGAGAGCGUUAACUUUACUCAAACCGAGAGAGGGGUUGUUGACAUAACUGAAAGUGGCCGUUGCUUUUCAGCGGUGACUGCCAGCGCUCGCACUCAUACAGACGCCUGCCACUUCGCAGCAAACGAGUACAGCUAUAACUCAUCCAGACACUGCAGAUGUGCACACUCAACUGCCAGUCGCACUAUUACAGCCAAGCGUGCCCUUUUGUCACAAGAGUGCAGAAGACAUCAGUCAUAAUGAUCACUGCGUUUUGCCUGACUUUGUUUUCGUCUGCGUCGCCUCAAAGUAGCAGAUGGUAUUUAAUAUGCCAUUCUCAGAGCUAAUAUUGGUCUAAUACAUGUUGAGAGAUAAAUGUAAAUGUGACUGGGUGGGUGAUAUGAGUAGAGUCACUUAAGGAAAAAAACCGAUCUAUGACAAAGAAAAUGAAAGAAAGAGAGAGGGAGAGAGAGAGAGAGAGAGAGAUAGCAAGAUAAAGAGAGAGAUUCCACAAAUGAGAGAAAACUGAAUGGAAACCUUGACUAUACAUCUGAGUUAUUGCCUUUGUAAAGUAUAGGAAUGUAAGUUGAAAAGUCCUGAAUAGUUGUUUGGUAUUGAGAAUGCGGUAGCCUUGCCAAGUGAAAGGAAUCACGGCUAUGGGAAAAGAUUUGGAGAUGAGACCGGGUUAGAGAAUAAUGCAGGACUGAAAUAGUUUAUGUCAGAAAGUCUGAUAUUGAGAUGGCAAACUUUGUUAUGGUGGCUCCUGUUAAAUCUUUGUCAUACUGCAGUGAGUAAAUGAUUGGUACAUUUUACAAAAGGCUUCUGCUAAUGCACUGGGAACAAGUCAAAAUGCACAGUUUCUCUUUUGGCUUUUAGUUUCUUUCAACUCUUUCCGUCACAGUCAGAGACACUUUUAUUGGACAAAGGAGGGCAAUAGAAGCAGUGGCAGCUCACAGGCAUUAAAAUGUUUUCAGUUCUCGUUUCUGUUGUUGAGAAGUCAUAUGUAACUUCAAGAAUGGUCUGUAUUGUGUGUAAUAAAAAAAAAAGUCAUUGUGACUGCCAUCGUGUUCAUCACGAUGAUAUAUUUUUUUCCACAAAAGUGCUGCCAUUUUUGAUUGCAGUCCCAUGUGGGAAGAACACAGUACACUGGCCUUAUGGGGGCAAGCCAAAGUCAAGAAAUUUCAUCUUAAAAAACAAAUGUUAUUGUUUACAGUAGCUGAAUGUUACCCAUCCUGAUUAGAAUAGCUUUCCCAAUUGUCUGUUUGUACAGAUUGCAUUUCAUAACCCUUUAUUAAAAUGUCUAGAUGAAACAAAUAAACAAUACACAAAGCAGAAAUAAUAACCAAACCCAUGUGAGGUCUGACCACAUAAAGCGGCAGGCUCAUCUUCCCUGUCGGAGGACGGAGGCCAAGGGACCAACUGCUCUGUGUUUUUCUUGUCCAUUCCACAGCGUCCUAUUGUAUGUUUCACAUAGAGCUCGGACCACCCUCCACUGUGGAAGUAAAGAGCCUUGUCGUUCCUCUUGUAAGAUUCAUGAUGCGUAGACAAUAUCAUCCUAUCCCUAUGUUUGCAUUACUUUUCAAAGUAAAUGGUAUAAGAUUCAGGUUUUUUGUUUUUGCGUUUUUUAUUUGAUGUAUUCUGUUGUGUUGUGUAGUUGAAGUUUUAUGACAGGGAAGACUGGUGAAGCUCUGGUGAAGAAUUGUUCUCAUUCAGCCGGUUACAGUGUUGAGCGGUUUGUCGUUUGUUUAGUUUUGCUUUGUUUUGUUUGUCAAAGUAGCCUCUUUUAAAUGUCAGCAUAUGCGUCUGUAACGUAAAAAGAAAUAACAAUAACGGUGAAGUUUUGGCAAAAUCUACAUACAAGAGUACUUCAAAAUAGAAGUAUGUAACAGAUAAGGAAAGCAUUUUUUUCUGUGUAUGUUUCUUUUUUUGUAUAUUUUAUAGUGUUUCUGUAUUUUUUUGUUAAAUGGAAAUUUUAAUGUAUUUUAGUUCACAAACAUUUGAAUAUUUUUCAAUAAUUUAUAUUUUAUAACUUUGAAAUAUGAGAUGCAGACAGCUGGUGCUUUCAUGGGAAAUUAAGGUAGCACAGGACAAAAUGUAGCGAUUUUUUUUUUCCUUUUUUAUACAAAAAUUAUAUGAAAUUUGAAGACCUGUCUGCUUAUAUACAGUUGUGUAAAGAGAAAAAAAGGCUGAUGCUGGCCCAUCAUUAUGUUCUGCUGGAAAGUUUUAUAAACUGUAGCUUCUAUUUCUUAUUGUACUUCAAAUUGUUACGUUAUAAAAUAUAUGUGAAAAAAGUA